AUGGAUCAGCAGUUGAAACUUCUUGAAGACGAUUGUGCCGCUUACCGUCAACUUAUUGAUUACCUCAAAGAAAAGCACUCGAAUGCUGACAUCGCGUCGUACAAGCAAACGUUGCGGAAUCUUAAGGCUGAGGAGAGCGCACUCAAAGCCCAGUUCGAUCAGCUUUGUACCGAAGAAGCGCGUUUGGAUGCUGAAUUGAUGGAGAAGAAAGCAGCUCUGGAAGAGAAGACCGAAGAGGAGGCAAGCAGGUGGCGUCAGUUUAGAGAUAAUCACAGGCGUCUUCUCGAUCUGGACGAGAAGACACGUAACGCUGAUGCAGAGCUUCGAUAUGCUGCGGAACAGCAUCGACGCCUUGCAAACACCAAUGCACUCGACCUUGUUUUUAAUAUUUGGGUUGAUCCAUCGGAUGGAAUUAUU